ACCCCCCGUGCCGCUAUAAAAGCCAAGGAGCAGCAGGAGAUCGUCAGACUCUGAAGGAGCCAGUUCCUGUGGUUUACUCUGAAGCCAAACGUUAGCCGUCAUGAAGCUGCUGGUGGUCCUCGCUCUCAUCUCUGUUUGCAGUGCAAACCUCAUCUGGCCUGAUCCCCCCAAGAGCAAUCUGGAUGUGGUGAAGGAGGCUUUCUGGGACUAUGUUGCCAAGGCGACGCAGACUGCUGAGGACUCUCUGCAGCAGAUCCGACAGUCGGAUCUUGGCCAGGACCUGAACUCCAAAAUCUCUCAGAGCACCGACACCGUGAACCAGUACUUCGCCUCUCUGCAAGCGCAGGCGGCUCCUGUGACCCAGGAUGUGAUCAGCCGCAUCACCCAGGAGGCCGAGCAGUUGAAGAUCCGUCUGGACAAAGAUCUGAGUGCGGUGAGCGACAAGCUGCAGCCUCAAGCCGAGGAGCUGGUGGCUCAGCUCCACAGUCGGGUGGAGGAGCUGAAGAGGGAGGUCAGCCCCCUGGCCGAGGCCAUGAACCCUGAGGCGCUGAAGGCCGUCCUGCUGCAGAAAAGCCAGGAGCUGAAGGGCCAGCUGGAGAAGGGCCUGAGCCAGCUGCACGUCCAGGCCACCCCCUACACCCAGGAGAUGAGGGAGAAGAUGGAGCAGAGCCUGGAGGACUUUCAGAAAAACAUGGUGCCCCUGACCCAAACCUUUGAGAUCCAGCUGAACCAGAAGGCCCAGGAGAUCCAGCAGAGGCUGCUGCAGAGCGGAGAGGAGCUGAGGGCCAGGCUUGACUCCGGCGCUCAGGACCUGCAGACUCAGCUGACGGCUCUGUGGGAGUCCUUCACCCAGAAGACCCAGUGAACAGACUUCUGCCCCAACCAGUCUAUUUAUUUAAAACGUUAUCCACUAUCCAGAUCAGUGACAAUAGAAUUCCACCCAUCAGGAGAUGCAUUUCAGGACUUCCUCCAUCUGCUCUCCUCACAUGAAGACAAAAGUUCCUGAAAACAUCUUUUACAGAUUAUCAUAAUGUGGACCUGCGGGAACAUAAAGAAAUGUAUACUUGCAUCUUUAGGUGAUUAAAGUUGGAUUCUCUAUUCGA